GUGCAUUUGGCACAGACACAUCCGUGCGAACUGUGCACAAACGUGCUUCAUUGUUUCGGGAUGAGACAAGUUUUCUCGGUGGUCUUGAUAUGUAGCCGCUGCUUUGUCCGCCGUGCCCUGGUACAAACGGGAAUAAGGUCAUGGAUUUCCCGGGCCACUUUGAGCGGCUGUUCCAGCAGCUGAACUGGCAGCGGCUGCACGGGCAGCUGUGCGACUGCGUGGUGGUGGUGGGAAGCCGGCACUUCAAAGCGCACCGCGCGGUGCUAGCCGCCUGCAGCACGCACUUCCGGGCGCUCUUCACGGUCGCCGAGGGCGACGGCAGCAUGAGCAUGAUCCAGCUGGACAGCGAGGUGGUGACGGCGGACGCUUUCGCCGCCCUGGUGGACAUGAUGUACACGUCCACGCUCAUGCUGGGUGAGAGCAACGUGAUGGACGUGCUUCUGGCCGCCUCCCACCUGCACCUGAACGCCGUGGUGAAGGCCUGCAAGCACUACCUGACCACCCGCACGCUGCCGGUGUCCCCCCCCGGCCAGCGGGCCCCCGGCCUGCACGUGGAGCAGCAGCAGCAGGCUAGUGCGGCGGCGGCGGCGGCGGCUAACUCCCGGCUGCAGCGCUCCUUCCUGCUGCAGCAGCUGGGCCUGAGCCUGGUGAGCUCGGCGCUGAGUGGCGUGGAGGAGGGGCCGGGGGAGCGGGCCGGCGCUGGCGCCGCCGUGGAGCAGCGCGCCUCCUUCCCCAUCCGCCGCUUCCACAAGCGCAAGCCCCCCCUGGCCCCCCCCGAGGACCUCCCCCGGCACAGGCCACGCCCCUCCACCGCCUCGGACCCUCCCCUGAGGGAUGCCGAGUUCUCCCCCGAUUCCCGCAGGAUGGGGGGCGGGCCCGAGCCGGACAGGGGGCCGCAGUAUGGGGCGGGGGCCCCCCACGAGGAUGCUCAGAUGCCCACGCAGUCGGACAGCGGGUGGGGAGGGGGGGGUCAGGGCAAAGAGGAGUACCCUGACGGGCAGCCCAAGGUGGAGGGGGUCCAAAAGGAGGGGGCUGAGGAAGAGGAGGAGGAGGAGAUGCGGGUGGUGGUGAAGAGCGAGCCCCUGAGCUCCCCGGAGCCGCCGGAUGAGACCAGCGAGGUGACCUCCCAGGGGGGGGGCAGCGAGCAGGCUGAGCCGGGGGCCGACAAGAUGGAGCUGAGCCCUGAGAGCAGCGACCGCAGCUUCUCAGACCGGGGGGGGGACAUGCAGCUGCCUGGAGGGGGCGUGGGGGGACGCAGCGCGGACGGGGACAGGGACAGGGGGAGCCUCGCCUGCAGCAGUGACCUGGAGCCCAAGCUGCCCUUCAGCGUUUCCGGGUUCCUCUCCCCGGGCUUCGGUGGGGCGGGGGCGGGGGCGGGGGCGGGGCGCGGGGGCGACGACAACGCGCCCAACACCACCACCGCCGAAUGCCCGCUGGACCGCGGGGCGGGGGGGUACCUGCUCAGCCCCGAACCCCUCAACGGGACAGGAGCCCUGCUGCAGCACCCCAACCAGCGCCUCCUGCAGGACGACAUGCGCCACUUCAGCGACGUCCACGCAGACUCCCUCUUCCUGCGGCCCGUGCCGGACGGGCUGGGGUACCAGCGGGACGGGGCGGAGCAGUUCGCCCUGGACUUCCAGCGCUCCAGCCUGGGUCUGCACUCUCUCUCCCGCUCGCCCCGAGGGGGCGUGGCCAGCCUGGAGUGCCCCGCGUUCCGCCGCAUCGCGCCCAAAUCCACUUUGGGAGGCGGGUCGGCGUGCACGGACACCGCUCAGCUCCAGGACGCGUCUUCCUCCUGCUCCUCCUCCUCGGCCGUGGGGGGCGGCGUCCAGCUGAACGGGGCGCAGUUCAGCAGCGGGGCGGGGCAGCGAGGGGUGCCCCCGCCCCCACACCCCCAGCUGACACGGGCCUCGGCGGACGUCCUGUCCAAGUGCAAGAAGGCGCUGUCCGAGCACAACGUCCUGGUGGUGGAGGGGGCUCGCAAGUACGCCUGCAAGAUCUGCUGCAAGACCUUCCUGACGCUGACGGACUGCAAGAAGCACAUCCGCGUGCACACGGGCGAGAAGCCCUACGCCUGCCUCAAGUGCGGCAAGCGCUUCAGCCAGUCCAGCCACCUGUACAAGCACUCCAAGACCACCUGCCUGCGCUGGCAGAACAACAACAACAGCAACCUUCCCAGCUCGCUGCUCUGAGCAGCUCCUGCCCCACUGGCCUCCCCACCACCAGGGGGCAGUGUGUCCCUCCACCGCUACAUUGGCAAAAUGAGAUCAUGGGCUUCAAUCACAUUUUCUUUCUUCUGGUGCAGUGCAUAAUUUUACCCUUCUUCUGCAGUUCCAUUACUCUUCAGAGAAUUAACGGGAACCGCCACACAUUUGGACAACUAAUCUAGAAAUUUAGGAAAUGCAGUGAAGCGGGGUACAGGGCAUCUGAGGGCUGCUCUGGGAUUGUGCCUCCAAACCCCCCCCCCCCCCAAAAGAAACACUAACACUAAAAUUGAAACUAAAAGAAAUGCACCGUUGGACUAAGUGUUUAAAGUGUAAAUAUUACACACUUUGUAUUUCUUUUGGGUAUUUUUUCCUUUAGAAGGAAAUAAAUAAUAUAAAUAGGCUUGAAGUUACUUAACUGUUUUGUGUAAAUACUUCUGUUUUUUUCCCUGAAGUGUUUAUGAAUUGUGUUAGGGUUGCCAGACUGGGGUUAGGCCUAGGGUUGCCAGACUGGGCUUUGUGUUUAUUAUAAACAAGCUCACUGGUCAGUGGUUGCGACUACUUCACUGGAUUCCUGCCUAUUACUGCCUUUAGCAAUCUAGUGGUACAAUUAAGGUACUCUAAACACUGAGGAAUCCAGAUAAAUCACAGCCCCAAUAAAGAUAAACCCAAAAUAUCAUGGAAUUAAUAAUACUAACAUAUAUUUGAAUUCUCAUAUAUAUUCUCCUUUAAUAAUGAUUCAGUGGUGUCAACCAAAAUGUCUGGUAGGAAUGUAUUAAAAUCUGGUAAGUAGUGAUCUUCUGUGAGCUUUCACUCAAACAUAUUAAUUAAAAUAUCCUGUUUAACAAUGUGGAUUCCAAAAGUCAUUCCAUUUGUAGUCUUUUAAAAUUGCAAUUUUGAUUCGAACCCGAGUACACUGGCUUACCUCACUUGCAUUGAGGCUGUGGGGCAGACCUGAAUCUGCUUUCAGCCAAUCAGCAGGCCAGCUGAAGUGUUUGCUGUACCGGUUUUGGGCAUACAUCCUGAAGUGUGCCUGUCCUGAAUGCUAACACUGUCCACACGCCAACACUGUCCACACGCUAACACUGUCCACAUGCCAACACUGUCCACACGCUAACACUGUACACACGCCAACACUGUACACACGCCAACACUGUACACACGCCAACACUGUCCACACGCUAACACUGUCCACACGCUAACACUGUCCACACGCCAGCAGGCUGCUGUGUCAAACCAAUCCGUCGCCAUUGGUAACGAGGGAUGGAAGCCAGUUGCUUGUAACUACACACACAAUUUAGCACAAUUUAGUCAUCAUUGCUCCACAGCCUAAGUGACCAUUUGAAGAGUAUUGUUGAGAUGGAUUUAUAGAAGUGUACUGUGUAAAUAUGUCUGAUUUAUCUAACAAUUUUUAUAGCAUAAUGGUGAUGCUGACAACGUCACAUUAAAGAUGAAAACAAGUAAAUGCCUUAUGACUUUGGCCUUUUCGCCCAGGUUAUGAAAUGCCAAAAGUGAAGGAGUGCUGUGCUCUGCUAACACUGAGGGCCUGAUUUACUGAGACCUUUAGCAUGUAAAACCAAUAACACAACCAACGAUUGGUGGAAAAACAAAACCAUGACCAAUCAUUGGUCGUGUUAUUGGUUUUGUGUGAGCUGAAGGUCUUAGUAAAUCAGGCACUUAAUGCAGUGUGAGUGAUAGAUUAAAUGUGUUCACUUUGUAGAACAGAACUGAACAAAUAUUUAAACAAUGUACCAUAUUUCAUUUUGAUGUAUUAAUUGGAAUAAAGAUGGAAAAAUCCA